UCUGGCAAUAAAUUUAUGUUUAUCAUAUGAUCCUUCAAAACUUAAGUGGGUUGGGCGCUGAGAAGUUGUGAUAAUUGAGGUUGUGAAAUCUUAUUUAUUUUGGAAAAGAAUUUUAAUAUAAAUUUUAAAAAUGGGCGCCUUAUUUAGGAGCCAGCAGAUGGUAUUAUGUCAAUUGUUUUUACAAAAUGAGUCUGCUUAUUCCAGUGUUUCAAAUUUAGGAGAAUUAGGUCUUGUUCAAUUCAGGGACACUAAUGCUUCAGUUAGUGCCUUUCAACGAAAAUUCAUCAAUCAAGUCCGGCGAUGUGAUGAAAUGGAAAGAAAACUAACAUUUGUUGAGAAAGAAAUAAUAAAAGAUGAAAUUCCCAUGGAAGAUGUUCAAGAUAAUCCUCUAGCUCCACAGCCUAAGGAGCUAACUGAUUUAGAGGCUACAUUUGAGAAAUUGGAGUCAGAGCUGAAGGAAGUGAAUACUAAUUCUGAUGCAUUGAAGAAAACAUUCUUCGAAUUAUCUGAGCUUAAAAGUGUUCUAUUGCAAGCUCAUUCUUUCUUUGCUGACAUGCCAUUAUUGCAGCAGGAAACUCAACACCAAGUUGAUACUUUAGACCACACAAAUUUAGUUCCUAAUGAAGUUUCUUCUUCUGCUCCAAGUCAACACGGUUUUGUGACUGGUACUAUUUUAAGAGAGCGUAUCUUAGGAUUUGAAAUGAUGCUGUGGAGAGUGUGUCGUGGGAAGGUUUUCUUAAAACAAGCUGAUAUUGACCAGACACUUGAAGAUCCUAUAACAGGACAAAAACUCAACAAAGUUGUAUUCAUUCUGUUCUUCCAAGGUGAGCAGUUAAAAGGUCGUGUGAAGAAAAUUUGCGAUGGUUUUCAUGCUACUUUGUAUCCUUGUCCUGAGACAUAUGAAGAAAGAGAAAACAUGCUGAGUGGUGUAAAAACACGCAUUGAAGACAUAAGUCAAGUUUUGAAUCAAACGAAUGACCAUCGACAUCGUCUUCUAGUAAAUGCAGCAAAGAGCAUUAAGAUGUGGUUAAUUAAAGUUCGUAAAGUGAAGGCCAUUUAUCAUACCAUGAAUCUUUUUAAUCAGGAUGUUACCAAGGAGUGUCUUAUAGCUGAAUGUUGGACUUCUUUCACCAAUUUGCCUGCAGUACAGCAAGCAUUACGAGAAGCCUCUGAACAAAGUGGAAGUAGUGUGCCUUCUAUUGUAAACUGUAUGGAAACAAAAGAACAGCCACCCACUUAUAAUCUUGUAAACAAGUUCACAUCUGGCUUUCAAAAUAUUGUUGAUGCAUAUGGGGUUGCUACAUAUCGUGAAGUAAAUCCAUCUCCAUACACAAUUAUUACCUUCCCAUUUCUAUUUGCUGUGAUGUUCGGUGAUGCUGGACAUGGUCUAAUUAUGUUUCUUGCUGCAUUAUGGAUGGUUCUGAAAGAAAAGCAGCUUUUGGCAUCAAAGUCAACCAAUGAGAUUUGGAAUACAAUGUUUGGAGGUCGUUAUAUUAUUCUCCUUAUGGGUCUAUUUUCAAUUUAUACAGGAAUGAUGUAUAAUGAUACAUUUUCUAAAUCAAUGAAUAUAUUUGGGUCCGGAUGGGAUAUUCCUCAAGAUUUCUCCCUUGAAGGUAGAACCUAUGCAUUAAAUCCAAAUGUAAGUUUUUAUGAUGGAAAGCCCUAUCCAUUUGGAGUGGAUCCUAUUUGGCAGAGUGCUAGCAAUAAAAUCUUGUUUUUGAAUUCUUACAAAAUGAAAGUAUCCAUUAUUUUUGGUGUGGCUCAGAUGUUGUUUGGUGUUUUGUUAAGUUUAUGGAACCAUGUCUAUUUCAGAAGAUAUUUGAACAUUUUCUGUGAAUUCAUUCCCCAAGUGCUGUUUUUGCUUUCCAUAUUUGGCUACUUAGUAGUAAUGAUAUUUAUGAAAUGGGUCUUGUAUGAUUCAACUCAAUCUUCCUGUGCUCCCAGUCUUUUAAUUUCUUUGAUCAACAUGUUUCUUAUGAACUAUCCUGGUGAACCCUGCUACUUAGAGAACAUGUAUGAUGGGCAAAAUAUUGUGCAAACAUUUUUAGUGGCACUGGCAUUUGUUUGUAUUCCUUGGAUGUUAAUAAUAAAACCAGUUGUAAAACAUAUGAACCGUCAUCAUUCUAAUGAGAGAUAUGAAGUGACACCAGCUGAAGGACAUGAAGAGGAAGAAGGUUUUGGUGAACUUUUUAUUCACCAAGCUAUUCAUACCAUAGAAUACUGUUUAGGUUCCAUAUCACACACUGCCUCAUAUCUCCGAUUGUGGGCUUUAAGUUUAGCUCAUGCACAAUUAUCUGAAGUUUUGUGGAAUAUGGUGAUGAAAAUGUCUCUUGGUAUACCAUCAUAUGCUGGUUGUAUAGCAGUUUUUGCAAUAUUUGCCGCCUGGGCUGUACUUACUAUAGGAAUUCUUUUAAUUAUGGAAGGAUUAUCUGCAUUUUUGCAUGCCUUACGUUUGCAUUGGGUUGAGUUUCAAAGUAAAUUUUAUGAUGGGCAAGGAUACGCUUUUGUGCCGUUUUCUUUUACAGCUAUUGUUGAUGGAAGUUUAGAUGAAUAAUACAGUCUCCUUGUUACAUCUAUAUAUUAUCCUAGAGUUUAUGAACAUCGAUUUAUUUAUAAACAAGAUUUUUGUGAUACAUAAACAUUCCAGUUCUACAAAUUAUAUAUAAUUAAUUAAGAAAAACGAAUUGGAUCAAUUUUACUAACAAAUGCUCAAGUACAAUCUUAAAUACUAUUUAUUGAACUUUUUAAAUCUAUAUUUAAUGUCAGAAAAUUUAUAAUGUUGAAAGAAUGUAUUGCCAAAGUGCUUAUGGAAUUAGAUUGUUUUAGUCAUUUUAGUAAACAAAGAUUUUAAAUAUUUUCCACUAUUUUGUGAACUGUAUUUAAAGAGCUUUUCAUAUUUUAAACUUGUACUUCAUAUAUAUUAUAUUCAAGAAUAAAUAUAUUUUGCUCAAA